AUUCGAUGACUCAUCAUUGGUUCGCUCGAAACUACGUACUGAUUUUGUGUUCCUUUACUGCCACUAUCGCUUUGAGCGUAUUCAGCUUUAUGCAGUAACGUAUGCGAUUCUGAAACGUUAUAUAAAGAAAUUAUUUGGUGAUUUUAAAAUUAAAAUGUGAAGACGUACGGUACAUAAUAAUAGUGACGAAGUAAAGGAAAAAAAUGUGGUGAAUAAAAAUAGUAUGUACCAAUCGUACAUAUUUUUUUUUUUUUUUAUAAAAGUGUGUAAUUAACACAAAUAAUUUUGCGCAAAAAAUCACACUGCACGACCUUUUGUCAGUUUAAAAUUUUCAUUCGCCUUGGUUAGUAAGAUAUGUAUACCACGAAUAACAAGAUGAGAUAAGAAAACUAAGAUUAUCAUUUUCCGCAGUUUAAAUGAACGCCGGAUUUCCCGCGUGCGCGACUUCUGCUGAUCGCACGCUCGAUCAGCUGAGUGCCAGCUGUAGUCUCCACAGUUCACUGUGCCUGCGACUUCUCAGCCAAUCAGACGGCGCUCACUUGAAAACACUGCCUUCCCCUUUCCCUCCAAUACUCCGCCGGGGCCCCGAGCUGCUGCUGCAGUGUUCACUGUAGCCUGUCGUCGUUGCUACUGAUCUGCUGGAACCACUAUGCAUCGUCAGAGUAAACAGCGACCUACGCUUCUCAAGAGGAAAAGACAUGUUGCUGAUGAGGUUACAGAGAACUGUGAAGAUUCCGGCCAGGUUGAACAAGACAGGAGACGCUCACGAAUAGAGACUUGCACGGAUGACUGUACCACUCGCAGCAGUAGCAGCAGCUGCUCGGAUGACUUCGCUGUGAGCAGCAGCGCGGAGGAGUCUGCGACUACCAGCAAGGCAGGCGCAGACAUGCUGCAUGCCAGUUGGAGCGAGUACCAGCACCAGUCGUGCCUGCUGACCCCCACCAAGGAGCGCCCCAUCCCCCUGCCGCUGCUGGCGUGGGCGGACCGGAGGUACGUGUGGGACCUGAUGUUCCGCAAGGACGAGAUGUCGGUGUGCGAGCGAGACGAGGACAUGAUCCAGAGGCACCCGCACAUUGAGGCGCGCAUGCGCUCCAUCCUGCUCGACUGGCUCAUCGAGGUAUGUGAAGUGUACAACCUCCACCGAGAGACAUACCACCUGAGCAUGGACUACAUUGACCGGUACUUGUCCAUCCAGAGGAACGUACAGAAACAAAGACUGCAGCUCAUAGGUGUGACCUGCUUAUUUAUAGCUGCCAAAGUAGAAGAAAUCUAUCCACCAAAGAUUUUAGAAUUCGCAUUUGUAACGGAUGGUGCUUGCACAGACAAUGAGAUUAUGACCAUGGAGCUAAGCAUAUUAAAGACGUUGAACUGGAAGUUGACGCCCAUCACGGCCAACAGCUGGCUCAACACCUUCAUGCAGGUGUCGUGGUCCGGCAAGAACAGGCGGCGGGGGGUGCUCAGGACCCAGGAGGAGUUCCUGCUGCCCAAGUACUCGGGCAUCGCGUACGCCCAAGCGGCUCAGCUCGUCGACCUGGCCAUGCUGGACGUCGGCUGCCUCCGGUUCUCCUACAGCGUCGUCGCGACGGCGGCCAUCUACCACAUGUUCAACAGGGAGCUGGCGUUGUUCGUGUCCGGUUUCGAGUGGAACGACAUUUCGUCGUGCAUCCAGUGGAUGGCCCCGUUUGCGACCACGGUGAGGGAGGUGGCGUCGACCAGCACGUUCGUGCCGGUGAUCGAGCAGAGCCCUGGCGGGGCGAGGCCCGCGCUCACCCCAGCUCCCGGCGAGGAGUACAAGCUGCAAGUGCACAACGUGGACCUCAACAUGCUGGAUACUGCCCAGAAGCGGAUGCACCAAGCAUCGUCCGUGGAAGCUAGUCCCGUGAAGGAAACUGUUUCUCCUGAUGUGUUGACACCUCCAUCCAGUCGUAAAAAAACUACAGAUGAAGCAUCUGUGUCCAUGACUGAAAGUUUUGUAUGACACCAACUGUAGUGAAAAUUAGUCCUGAUGAAUAUGUGCCAUCAUCCUCUAUUGUCAUAGCUUAACAUUUUCAAAUGAACUUUGGGCAUGACCUACUAGAGGAUUUUAUUACAAGAGAUUUAAUGCAUAUUGCAUUUAUGCAGUGACAAAAAAAAAAAGCAGUGAAAAACUGCUACGCUUCCAAAAAGGAACAUGUCAUUAAAUUUUGGAAUUGUUUUUUUACUACCUUUUCCUUUUUAUAAACUGUAUUUUUCAAAAAUUGUCAACUAUAAGUAUGAACUGUAUGAACUUUCAUGCAAGAGUCUUUUUUGUUUGUAUAUUAUGUACAUUUAUAAAAAGCGAAUGUGUUCCGAAUUAUCACAAGAAGUGGGAAAAGUGAUGAAUACAAAGGUGGUCUGAUUUUGGUUUUAAAAAAAUUUAAUAGGAUGUGUUGCAUUGAUUGGGUGCAGGUAUGUGUGUGAUUUUAUUGUUUUUAGUAAUCUUGAGUGUUUCAUAUGUUUUUGUUUAAUGGGGUUUUAUGAAUAUUUAUAAGUUAUUUAAGCCUGUAUUUAGUUUUUUUGAUGACUAAAAUUUCAAAUACUUUUGAAAUUUGUAUUUGGGGUUGAAUUUUUGUAUACUUUUAUUUUGUACAGUAUUAAUUUGUGAGUGGUUUAUAUGGAUAUGAGAUGUUAUCUUCUGAAGCUAGUAGUGCUAUAUUGUAUAACUUUUUGCCAUAUUGAAUAUUGAUAGAAUUUCAUUUAAAUAGAAAGCCAGAAUAAUGAAACAGGAAUUUCAAAUAUCAUUCACACAUUCAAGUAUGGUAAAAUAUUCCAAAUUUUAUUUUAUCUUAUUAGCAAGCUUCAUAUGUUAUAUAUAUUUUUGAUUGUAAUUACUUUUUUUUAUUAUGUAAGGUAAUCAUUGGAUAUCCUCAUUAAUAUUAGAACAGAAAUAUGAUUUUCUGUUUGUAUUGUAAAGUCGGCAAGCUAUGUAAUCAUUUCCUGGUUGUCAAGAUAAAUUUAUUAAUUUCUUAGUCAAGUAUGGAAGUUUGGCUUGCAUUACUAGGAAAUGUAAAAGUGCACACACACAUUGUACAUACCUUAUUUACCCGGAAAUAAUGCAAUCCCAAAAUAUUUGAUUAUAAGUUUAUGAAAAAGACUUUAUGUAUUGGAAAUUGCAAUUCAAGUACAUACCUUUUGAAAAAAUUUUAAAUUAUUAAAUUUAUUCCAUGUUUACUGGACCCUUUCUGGUACCACUUUUGUCAGUGCAUCCAUCUUCAUUUUUAUCUUGCUGCUCACAAAUUAUGCAAGGUUUGUUUGUGUGUGGUUUUUAGCACCAAGUGUUUAUAAUUCAUGUAUGGUUCAGUGUGAAGUCUUAUCAUGUAUAGUGCAAUCCAGCUAAUUUGAAUAGACUGCUCUCAUAAUCAUUUUAUUCAACUACACAAAAUUCAACCAAUAAAAUAUGUUUCUGAAUACAGUAAACUGUUGAUUACCCAUGUUUAUUAGGACCUACCAAUGCCCUGAUAAUUGAAAUCCUGUAAAAGGAAGAUCAAAAAUAAUAAUCCGUUUCACUGUACGGGGUGCUCUCGAAUUUUGCUCACACCAUAUAUUGGUCUUCAGUAUAAUUCUGAGCACAAGUUGUGUUUGUGUGGAGGGGUGGGAGGGGUGCAGGUUGCCAUGUGGUCUUCCUCAGUGAAGACAGCAGUCAUACCCUUCUCCCAUCCUUCUUCCUCCAUGUCCAUCUUUUUAAUUGUUCUGCCUCGCUGUGGCAAGUUAUUUCUUCUCAGUUCCUCAUCCUUUCAUUAAACUAGCAUGCAGAGAAACUUGUGUCAAGCCUUAUGAAUUAGCACUUCAGUACACCAGUUCUUCAAGGUGUGCUUUUCGCAGAUCUAACACAGGAAAGUUUUCCUUGAAUCUAAGAUGGAUGCUGCAAUACGUGGGAAUCUUGCGGAAGCGUGGUAAUUAAUAGCACGAGAAAAUGAUAUUGUUGGCAUAAUGGGAACCUGUCGUGAUACAUGCAUAGAUUACCUUGACGUACGUUAGUUCUUGGUCAUUUACAAUGGCCGAAGAGGGAAAGUUAACUCAACACUGCUCAAGAUAAAAUCACGCAAACUGUGCACACACAAAUUCCGGAUAGUUUGUUUUUAAAUUUUUCUGGUGUCCUCUCCAUUCGAAUGCCACCAGCCUGUCACGUCGUUCGCCAGGCUGUUGCACAGGUGGAAAGUGGCAUAGCGGCAAGUGCAACAGACAAGCCAGAGACUGGAGACGUGAAGCAGAUUUUGGGGGCAUCCUUCUCAGGUUUAAAGUCACAAAUGUGAAAGCGGGUGGGGUGGGUGACAUGAAGGGUCCCAACAGCUUUCUGACACAGUAACAGGGUGGUUAAAAAUAUAGAAAGGCCAAGCGAAGAAGUGCGCCGGAGUGUUUCAGAAUAUAAGAAACUAAUAAUUAAAAUGGAUUUAAGUACAGUUAACCCGAAACUUGGAUAAUCAGAGCCCUGUACAGUGGCUAGUGUUUAAAUAUCUGAUUUUUCCUUCCUCAAAUAGUUUUAUCUUUAUUGCUCAAAUAUCUGUUUUUAAAAUACUGAGGUUUUUAUUGAGUUUCAAGAUUUGAUGGGUCGUCCUUAUUUCAAUUUUUUUUUUUCCAUGUUGCUGUCAUUUGCUGUUUUAUGCAACCACCUUAAAUUGCAAGAAGUGAGUUAAACUGUUAUAUGCUUAUGAUAUUUAUAUGGAUUUAGGUACACCUCUGGUGCUGCCAACAAUUUUAAAGUGAUAUGUAAAAACCAGUUAAAUAUUUUGAUUCUAUAAUUAAAAAUUUAGAAUGCUGGAUGUGUACGUCGACAGAUUUUUUUAUUUUUAAAAUUUUAUGGUAUUUUAUUUUCUUAGGCUAUUUAUGAUUCUAAAGUGUUCAUUUUUCUUAAAAUCACAGUAGCUGUCCUUCCUUGUGAGUGAUUUUAAAUAUUUUAGUGAUUAGAAUAUGUAUUUGCGGUUUUUCUUAAAGAGUAAAAUUUUUAAAGUAGAGCACUUGUAAAAUAUAACUAUGAUUGCCUUGUCAAUCAAGUUGUAACCAAAGGUUUAUUGCAUAUCAGUUUUAAUUAAUGUAUUGUAAAAAAAAAAGUAAUAUUUUUCUGGUUGUAACAAAAAAUUGCCCGAAUUUUUCGCUAGUAUGAUACAUGGCAGACAUGGUCUUGAGCAUUUGGUUUUUCUUUGGGUGCUAUUGUUUUUGCCACUCAUUCAUUCCAUCAAUGUUCCAUUAUCUUAUCAACACCGUAGUCCUUUGCAGCCACAAUGUUUACAUAGACGUUCAAUUCCGACCAGAUAAUAAGUAAAUAAUUCUGUAAUUGUUGAUUGAAUUCAUGUUUUUAGUUUUUCAAUGCUAAAUGGUGUAUUAACUUGCAUUUCAGUGAUACAUUAUUUUGGUUUUAAAGUAAUUCAUGUAUAAUCUUUUUCCUAGAUAUUAAGUUUCUUAACAUAUUUGAACAUUGUGGCAUUGUUCUUUCACCUUUGUUCUAUAAAAAAAGUUCCACAGUAGCUUAAUUGGAAAUCUACUAUACUGCAGCAAAAACUAAAUUAGUUGUUUAGUGCCGUUCUAUGCUGGUUUCAUAACUGCAUUUGCCUUGUCGGUUUUAUGAUGUAUUUAUGGAAAGAAUGAAUGUGUGUGUCAAAAUCUUACCAAGAAUAAUGUGGUGAUUAUUUAACUUAACAUUACAUUUUUUUUGUUUAUGUUAAUAGGUAGUUUGUGGGAUACAUUGUAAAUUUCAUUUGUCAUUUGUGUUAUUUACAAGGAGCACAGCAAGAGAGUAUCAAGCUCCAAACGGAAGGCUUGACAUAAAAAAAAAGGAAUGACAUCAUUUAUAAACAAAAUUUUUUGAAUUAUAAGUGAGUGCAUAGCUUGAAUAAUCUGUUAAACAAUUUAUCAGGAUUUUACCCCCUUCUCUUUGAAUGGGGGAUCAACUGCCCCCUCCCCUCUUUCUCCUUCCGGAACAUGCCCUUGGAGCAUAGUUGUGAAGGAAGAAUAUCAAACAUUUAUAGAGUAUGUUGUGGCGUUAUUCAAAUACGGAGUGCUUCUCAUGUAAGAAUAUUGUGUGUUGCUUUCCAGUAAAGCAAUCACUCGCUGAAAUCAUCUAUGUUUUAGGCAUAAUUUAAAGGAUUACCAUUUUUGUCUAUACGUAGUUGUUGCAACUUAAAUACAACCCCUAAACUCUUCAAACAAUAUCCAACUAAGUUAUUUAGAAUGUAAUUCUUAAUGCAAAGGUAAGAUUAUGUGUGUUAAUGUAAUUUAUUUGCAUGUAUCUAAUUUAGAGCAAUAAAAUACUAACAUUAUUUUAUAUGCUUGUAAUGCAUUGUGUAAAUGCAUUUUAUGAAGAAAAUUAUGUUGAGAAUGAUUGGAGGAACUGGGAUAUUUUUUUAUUAAUUAAUUAUUAGUAAUGUGAAGUUAUCAAAUUACUUUAAAUGCUGCUUGGUGUGUGACAAAUCUGAUGUUUUGAACAUUAAUUGAUAUACUUUAUUAGAUUUAACAUAUAAGCCAGUGGUGUAUAUUUCCUUGUUAAUUAUAUUUUAUCUUUUAAGACUGAAAAGGAAAGAAUUCAGUUAAUAAGCACUUAGUGUUUAGUUCAACUUUCAAAAGGAACAAAAUACGUAUAGAUUUCGAGAAAGGUAUAUAAUAUCCUAUUUCUCUUAAAAAUGUGUUUUGGUCAUAGAAAUUGUUAACAAAUUAAUUUGAUGCAAUAACAUGUGGGACCUUUAAAUGUUUUUUGUUACUAGUCAAACUCUGAAGUUCAGUAGCUUCUUAAGACUGUAAAUAAAUAGCACUAACUAAAGUUAUUAGUUUAACUUAAUUGAAUUUUAGUGUCUUGAUAAAGUGGUUAUAUCAUGUAUAGGAAAAAAUGUUCAUAUGGUGGACUGAUUUGUAUUUUGUACAUAGAAAAUGUCACUGGGGAAACUUGUUCAUUUGCACUUGCAUAGAUUUUAAUAAAUUAAAAUGUGUUUUUAUAUUUUGUCUUAUGUUAGCAUUGUUCAUCUGUUUUUACUUUUUCGAAUGCUUACAUGCAUGUUAGGGCACGUAUGAUUGUGAAUAUGCACAUAAGACCAAAUCAGUUUUUAAAAAAACCCACUUAAUUUCACACUCUCUCUAUUUUAUUUAGCCGGCCCAUCCUAAUUAUUCACUCUGCAGGCUUUGUUUUAUGUAAUGUAACAAUAAGAGACAUCCAUCACCGACUUUUUCUAUUGCUUUCAUUUCCUGUAUUUUGUAUCAUCCAUUCCUUGUCUUCAGGAAAGUGUAAUUAGGGUUUUGUAAGUAUGUAGAAAUUUAAUAAAUUAUAAAAC